AGAAAAGUGGAUUCUCUUAAAUUGCCUACGACAAAGGUUAGGUGCGUUAGAUUUAUUGAACGAAAGCAAUGGAUUGUUGCUGGUACAGAGGAUGGCUAUAUCCAUGUGUACAGCUGCGAGACAAAGAUUCAAAAGCUCAAAAGUUUCAGAGCUUUCACUGAUAGGCAUGGGUAUCUCAGCUUGCUAGCCGUGCAUUUAACCCGUCCGUAUUUGUUGUCAGCGGGUACACACAUGAAACUUUGGGACUGGGACAAGGGUUGGGAGUGUGUGCAGACAUUUGAGUGUUACUUUGGGGGAUUUAGGGAGACAAUAUAUGAUGCCGCAUUUAAUCAUAAUGACACAUUUGCUACUACUUCAUCGAAUACAUUUUUAAGUGAGACAGCAACAUACUUACAUAAGGUUUGGAGCUUUGAUUCUCCCAAAUCUGUAAGCACUCUGCCUGGGCACUCGAAAUCACUGAACUGCCUUGCUUUCUUCAUAUGUCAAGAUCAAGAAUUUUUGGUUACCGGCUCAGAUGAUCAUAAUGCCAAGAUAUGGUACUUGCAGGAGAACAUAUGUGCAUAUACACUUGAAGCUUUCACAUCGCCAGUUAGGACAUAUUCAGACCCCCCUACGCUUACAAGAAUCAUCAAUAUUGGUUGUAUUGGAGCUGUCUACCAUCUUGCAAGUGCGAUGG